AUGGAAUAUCCCCCACAACCGUUGGCGAAUUACCGCCCUGUCCGUGAAUUAACUCCCCGUGGAUUAGUAAGAAUAUAUUCUCAGCUAUCAAAAGCUCGCUUGACAACGCUGGUCGUUCUAACUGCAAUGUCUGGUGUUGCUCUGUCCCCUUUGCACGCGAGUGUCCCAGUUUUAUUAUCCACAGCCGUGGGAACUACCCUAUGUGCUGCAUCCGCGAAUACCAUCAAUCAGCUUCUUGAGGAGCCAUUUGAUGCCCAGAUGAUACGAACACGCAAUAGACCACUUGUACGACGAGCAAUCACACCCCUACAUGCAUUCGGAUUCGCCGCGGUCACUGGGACGCUUGGUCCUGCUAUUCUCUAUGCACUGGUGAACCCGCUCACUGCUGCUCUCGGUGCGGCCAACAUUGCGCUAUAUGCUGGUGUAUAUACAUUGAUGAAGCGAAGAACCAUAUGGAAUACAUGGGUCGGGGCCGUCGUGGGUGCUAUACCACCACUCAUGGGGUGGACUGCAUGUGGUGGACACAUAUUCCCAUCAGCCUCAUACCCGAUUGAAACCUUCCUACCCCCGUUCCUUUCCAACGCUUCACCAGGCCUUUCACUUGAAGCUAUCAAUAACCCUCUAUCAGCAUUUGCUCUUCUUUCCUUCCUUUUUUCAUGGCAAUUCCCUCAUUUCAAUGCGCUGGCGCACACAACGAGAGCAUCUUAUGCACAAGCAGGCUAUCAUAUGCUCUCCGUCAUAGAUCCAUAUAAGAACGCAACCGUGUCGCUGCGACAUUCUGCCCUCCUCCUCUUCAUCUGCUCCAUUUUGACGCCCCUUUCUGGACUAACCACGUGGAAUUUCGCCUUGACAAGCUUGCCGCCAAACCUUAUUCUGCUCCGGUCGGCCUGGAAAUUCGCAAGGAACCCCACUGAUAAAACUGCCCGAGCCGUGUGGAGAAAUUCCCUUUGGUAUCUUCCGGUACUGUUGGGGCUCAUGAUGUUCCAUAAACAAGGGAUGGAAUGGUUAAAAUGGAUCGGAAUUCAACGAAACCGGUCAGAGGACCAGGAUGGCGAAGAGAUAAUAGAGAGUUCGUGA